AUGUUUGCGCUUUUCUCUCAUAGCAAUCAAGUCAGCAUUCACAGACAAGAUCAGUUCUUGACAUCUCGCAACGCAACGCUGCAAUGGCCAAUCGCCAUCAUUGGUGCUGGCGGCAAUGUCGGCAAGCACAUGACGCAAGCCUUCUUCCAAACCGGAAAGCAUACCCGGGCGUCAUCACCGCCCCCGUCGACUACUAACGAGGAAAGCCUCGUCGAGGCGCUCAAGGGCCAGCAGUUCCUCAUCGUCUCCCUGGCCGUGUCCGCGAGCGCCGCCGCCGAGGCCAUCGUCAUGUCCGCGACCGCCAAGGCGGGCGUGCCCUGGGUGAUGCCGACCUGCUACGGCACCGACAUGGAGAACAAGAAGCUGAUGGAGGAGAACCUCACCGGCCAGCUGGUCUUCGCCAACAUUGCCGCCGCGGAGCGCGCCGGCCUGUCGUGGACGACCAUGAACUACUCCUUUUGGUACGAGUUUUCGCUGUCGAGCGACAACUGCUACGGCAUCAACAUCGCCAAGCGCAUGGCCACGCUGUUCGGCGGCGGCACCGUGCCCAUCUGCACCUCGACCUGGCUGCAGUGCGGGCGCGCGGCCGCGGCCUUUCUCAGCCUCAAGGUGCUGCCGGAGGCCGAGCACGACGCGGACGCGAAGAUGUCGCGGUGGCGCGACAGGCCUCUGUUCAUCAAAAGCUUUGUGGCGUCGCAGCAGGACAUGCUCGACAGUGUGCACGGGGUGCUGGGCACGACGGACGCGGACUGGACAGUGGCCAAGGUGGACGCGCAGGCGCGGUACGAUGCGGGGCGGAAGCUGCUCGGCGGGCCGGAGGGUCACAAGGGCUUCUCGCACUGCCUGUACACGAGGACAUUCUUUCAGGAUGGCGGCGGCGACUUCAGCGGCAGGGUGGUAAAGGAGGCGCUGGGCCUGCCGGAGGAGGGCAUGGAUGAGGCGACGAGGAGGGCGGUGGACAUGGCGAUGAAGGCUGGCGAUUUUGAGUAUGCCAAGGGUGCGGACUAG